UUCAUCCGAAGCCACAAAAAUUUACCUCGCGCGCAACACACUACAAUCUACGCACAUAUAGACAAUCACCCAACAAGUUAUAACUCAAGAUGGGCUUCAGGUAUAUCGUCGAACACAUGGAAGAAGAUGAGAAUACGCCGCGAUCACUGCCAGAGUGGGUCGUAUUGGAAUACCAGCACAUGCGCGCCCUGGCAGGUGCAUCCUCCACGGUUCACUUCACGCACCUCUCGCAGGCCUCGACCGAUUCCUUAACAGCCUUAUUUUCUGCGUCGCCACAGCCAUCCUCUUCCGAAUCUGGAUUAGCUGCCGCAUACGCCCACACAACGCCCAUUUUACCUUUCUUGUCCUCAAUGCAGAUACCUCUCGAAAGAGUUUGCUUGUUAGACCCGAAGGCGCCCCAGGAGAUAUCUCCCGCGGACGCCGCUGAAUUCGACUGCUUUCUGUUAGGAGGGAUGUUAGGUGACGACCCCCCACGCGACCGCACCUCCGAACUGCGGGCUCUGGGAUUCCCAUCGAGACACCUAGGGCCUGUCCAAAUGACUACCGACACAGCACUAGGCGUCACGAAAAAGGUCGUCGAGGACAAGAUUCCAUUAUCGGAAAUUCCCUACGUCGACUUCCCGACUAUCCGCUUUUCGGCGAAGGAAUCCGUUGAGAUGCCAUUCCGAUAUAUAUCUCAGGAUGGAUCCCCCCUUCUGCCGCCCGGCAUGAAGGACCUGCUCAAAAGGGAUUUGGAUCGGGGAUUCGAGUUCUAAUUGUUAGUAGUUGCAAGAGCGUGUAGAUAAUGAAGGUGCGUUAACGUUAGACUGUGUAGAACUAGUGAAUGCCGUCCUUUAGUGAUGCUAAAACCUAUGUAAGGUACUUAGGAUAUCCAGCGGGUCCUCAAUGAUUGUGAAGAUUGCGCGUC